AUGAGCAUAGCCUUGAUCUGUAUGGAUUUUUUUUUCCAUUUCCUCCAGGUGGCAAUGAAGAAGUACGCAGGGAAUAGGUUCAUUCAGGAAUAUGAAAGUUUGAUGGACGAUAACUCGAAGGACUCCAAAAAGGUUUUGGCCAAGUCGAUGGUCAAUUUGGUUAAGCAGCAAUUCGCUAAGCUAAAAGAGAUUGAGGCCCAGUAUGUUACGCCAAACUUGGAUCAGUACAAACAGCUCACGGAGUUGAAGCCCCAGCUGCUGGUAACUGAGACGUGUCUGUCUCUUUGUUAA